ACGUGACGUGCUUGGAAAGCACGAUAUAAGCGGGUCAUGUGAGGACCACAUGACACGUGACCGGUGACCACCGCGUAUCAUUGCGUUUACAGCUUCUUUCACUACUACCAUCGACUCCAGCGGUAUUCAAUCCGCCUCUAUACAAAUUUACGACAACCGUCACUAGUUAAUAAUACAACAUGUCUGGACGCGGAAAGGGUGGCAAGGGACUCGGAAAAGGCGGUGCCAAACGUCACCGGAAGAUUCUGCGCGACAACAUCCAGGGUAUUACCAAGCCAGCUAUUCGCCGUCUUGCCCGUCGUGGUGGCGUGAAGCGUAUCUCAGGUCUCAUCUACGAGGAAACCCGCGGUGUCCUCAAGAUUUUCUUGGAGAACGUCAUCCGGGACUCUGUCACUUACACAGAACAUGCUAAGCGCAAAACAGUUACUGCUCUUGAUGUCGUCUAUGCGCUGAAGCGGUCAGGGCGCACGUUGUACGGUUUCGGUGCAUGAUCAAAGUAUUGUUUCCACUCGCCACGCAUAUGUACCAAUAGUGAUUUGAAUACCUCUUUCGGUCUGGUCAGUGUAGCCGUUUACCGCGUCCUUUUAGAGAUCCUUUGAUUUUGAGGCAAGCUCGUUCGGUUGUUGUAUACUUUAACUUACAGAUAGGGUCAUCUUGUAUCCAGCAGAUGACGCUGUGUUGUAGAAUAUACUGCAACCAUCUGAUUUUAAUUCAUCUCAGGUGGUCCUUUCACGUGGCAGCCCGGUGCGUAACCAGCACUUAAAAAGAGUACCGCUGGAUACAGCUGGAUACAUAUGAUUAAUUCAUUGAUCAUCCGCUAUCA